GAGGGAGCUGCAAAAGAGAAGUGGUAGGGAUAGCAAAGCAGGACAGAGAGCUGAGCACAGCUCCCAAAUAGAGGACUUGUACACGACACACGGGACCUUCUAACUGCUGGAGGAAAAGGGAAAAGGACACAGACUAAUGAGCAGAAUCAACAAAAUUUAGAACCUGAAGACAAAAAUAAAGACAUUGACCGAGUGCAGGAUAAACCAGUGCCUACAGUGAAAGAACUUUCUGAACUCUAUUUGUCAAAAAUAACUACACGGAAUUCAGCAGACAGUCCACCAAAGGCCGUUGGCCUCCUACAUGACAGUGUACCUCAUUCCGACACCUCAUUUAAAACAAACAAGAUGGCAGAGAAAACAGAACAAAUGAAGGCAACCCUGACAAACAACGGACAAAACCUAGACUGUGAAUUGCCUCCUCCACCUCCUGCAAAAACGCAACAGGAAGAGCUAGCUUCUGUGAGAGAUGCAAGUGAAAGUUUCAUUCCGGUUCCUCCUCCCAAAGAAACUUUUUCUGAGUUUUACCAGCAGCGACAAAAAAAUGAGCUUAAGAGGCUCUAUAAACAUAUGCAUCCAGAGCUAAGAAAAAACUUGGAGGAUGUUGUAAAUGAAGAAUUUGUGGAAGUGAUGAAUGCUGGGGAUGUUCCAUGUAUUGAUGCAGGACUUCAAGGGGAGGUUCAGUCCAUGCGCUGGAUCUUUGAGAACUGGGCUCUAGAUUCCAUAGGGGAACACCAUGCUACCAAGAAGAUGCUUGAAGAGGAAUCUGUUCCCACUGGAAACGUGAAAAGCACUUCUUCCUGCUUUGAAUGGCAUGCCCCAGAUAGUUUACAUUUCUCCACCUCAACAGCAAUGCUUAAGACAGAUCAAGGAAAGGGAGAUGUCCGCACAACAUCAUGGCUGUUUGAAACCCAGCCUUUGGACUCCUUAAAUAAAAUCUAUCCAGAGGAAGGAGAUGUUUUGGAAGCUGUGCUGAAAGAACCUGUACAAGGAGGAGAUGUAAAAGGAGCAAGGCUUCUCUUUGAGUCCUAUCCUUUAGAUACGCUUGGGCGCUGCAAUUCGGUGGAAGACUAUCAAAUUCUGAAACUAAAAUCUGAAAUACAAGAGCAGAAAGGUGAUGUACAAAAAAGUGUGAAGCUGUUUGAGACAGAGCCAUGCUGUGCCAUUAGGGAUGAUACAGGAAAUAUCCAUGAAAUUAAGUCUAUCUGCAGAGAAGAGGUCCAGACUAAUAGUGUCAGAACGGCACGAUGGCUUUUUGAGACCCAGCCACUAGAUAUUAUAAACAAAGGUGCAUCUGGGGUUCGAAUCAUUCGUGGAAUAUCUCUAGAAGAAGCUCAAAAGGGAGGAGUGGACAAAAAACGGUGGAUGUUUGAAACUCAGCCUUUGGAUACGAUUCAGGAAACCAUCCAAGAGGAUCAUUUCAGAGCAAGCAUGGAAGUAAUAGAAGGAAGUGAUGUUGUUGGGAAACGCUUACUUUUUGAAACCCAGCCACUGGAUUCCUUAAAAGGUGAAUCUUCCAGUGACAUUCAAGCAAGAGAAGAAAUGGUAGGUGGAGAUGUGAAGUCAACUCUGUGGUUGUUUGAAACCCAGCCAAUAGAAACACUAAAGGACAGUUGUGAAGUUGGUCAUUUAAAGAAAGUCACUGUGACUGAAGAUGAAAGAGGAGCAGUAAAGCAAAGGAAGCUUGAGUUUGAGACCAAGUCUCUUGAGACCUUAAACAAAGAAGCAUCUAAUAUCACACAGAUAGAAAAGGGAGAUGUUAAACUGUAUCAACAACUUUUUGAAACCCUCCCUUUGGACAGUAUAUCUGCCAGUGACAAUGAAUGCAAUGCAAAAAGAGAAGAAGUGCUGGUUGGAAAUGUCAAAGGCAACAGACACUUGUUUGAAUCAACCCCAUUAUAUGCGAUUAGAGACAAUUCUGGGUAUUAUUACAAGGUAACGACAGUAAGCCGCGAAGAAGUCAUUAAGGGUGAUGUCCAAAAAUGCAGGUGGAUGUUUGAGACAAAACCCUUAGACCAGUUUGAUGAAGAAGCAGGGAAUGUUAAGAUUAUUAAAGGCAUUACUAGGCAAGAAUCUUGCACUGGUGAGGUCAAGACAGCUAAAUGGCUUUUUGAGACCCAGCCACUUGAUAGUAUCCACAAGCAAAUCAACCAAACUGAAGAGUCUUUAGGGAUGAAGAAAGAAAUCUCCGAAAGGGGAGAUGUCAGUACUUGCAGGUGGCUUUUUGAAACGCAGCCCAUGGAUGUUUUGUACGAAAAAAGUGACACCAUAAAGGAGGGAGAAAGUAUACCAAAAGCAGAUGUGAAAUCUUAUACGUGGCUUUUUGAGACCCAGCCUUUGGAUGCUAUAAAAGAAAACACUGAGAAAUAUUUAAAAGUAUGUGAUGUCUAUCAGGAUGAUGUUAAAAAUGUGGAUGUGAAAACAGUGAGACAUCUUUUUGAAACAGAAUCUUUAGAUAGCAGCACUUCUCUUCAGACGGGAGAACAAGCUUUCAGAUGUUUAAGCAAAGUAGACAUCCAGUCGGGAGACGUGUCAAGAGUAAAGGAAGUCUUUGAAACUAAGGCAAUUGACAGCAUUGGUGCAUCCUCUGUAAAAGUUUCAGAAGUAGGCGACGAAGGAGAAAGCAUCCAGGCAGGCUCAGUUCACAAGUUCACCUGGCUUUUUGAAAAUGGUGUCAUUGAUACUAUUAAUAGUACUGAGAGCAACAAACAACAUACAUGUGAAGUCAAACCAGGGGAAGUUGGAAACAAAAGAUUUGUUUUCGAAACCUUCUCUUUAGACCAGAUUCAUCAUUUAAACAAGGAGUCCGAAUGUGUCACAGAUUCAACUGAGGAGACCUUGCAAAAAGGAGAUGUGAAAUCCUCUGUCUUGUUAUUUGAGUCCCAACCCUUAUAUGCCAUUCAAGACAAAGAUGGACUAUUUCAUGAGGUCACCACUGUUAAGAAAGAAGAAAUUAUGAGUGGAAAUGUUAGAGGUGCAAGAUGGAUGUUUGAAACAAAGCCUUUGGAUAGCAUUAAACCCGAGGACGAAAUUUACCUUAUCCGUGCAGUUACACAGGAGGAUAUUGAGAAAGGUGAUGUCAAAACAGCACGAUGGAGGUUUGAGACACAACCACUGGAUUCAUUCAUUUUGGGUGAAAAGACAGUAGUGAAAACAGUGGAUGAUAUUCAAAAAGGUGAUGUGCAGUCAAACAAACAAAUUUUUGAAUGUCAAAGGAGUAACCAGAAGUAUGUUAGAAUGGUGAGCGUUAGUGAUGUUCACCGAGGAGACGUCAGGACUUCCACUUGGCUUUUUGAAAAUCAACCCAUCGAUUCCUUAAAAGGUGGCUUUCAGGAAAGCACAUCAGUUCAAAAGGUGCACAGGGAAGAUAGUCACAAAGGAGAUGUUAAAAGGUGUACUUGGUUAUUUGAAACUCAGCCUUUAGAUACAUUAAAGGAUUCAGAAAUAAGCUCAACAGUGAAGACUCAAGAGGAAAUGUCUCAGGCAGAUGUAAAGAGAACAACAUGGUUGUUUGAAACAACACCUCUUGACAAAUUUUCUUCAGAGCAUGCAACAAAUCAGUCUAUGCAAAUAACUGAAAGUAUAAAAGAAACAUUACAUCGCCUAAGCAGUUUUUGUGCAAUUCGCUCACAUGGAAUUAUUAUUGAAGCUAAUGAAACGACAAGUGUAAAAAUGGCAAAGUAUCAGUUAACCAACAGUGAAGGACCUAUGAUUCAGAAAGAUGAGCUUGUUGAAGGAAACAUUGAGGCAAUAAUGCUACAGUUGCUGUGCACAAUGAAUGUGGAGCCCCAUGGCAUUCUUCUUAAAGAAGAUGAUCAGGGAAAUGUAAAUGUAACAAAGCUUGAUUUGUCUGUGCAUCAUGCCAAGGCCAGCUCAUUGACAGAGACUGAGCAUACGAGAGCAGAUGUAGCACAUGCCCUUGACAACCUUUUGAGUCAAGACAAAUCAGUGAAGAAAGGAAUUCUGAUUCAAGAAUCGAACAAGGGUAGUGUUGAAAUGACGGUGUAUUCCCUUUUCAGUCAGUCAGAAACUAUUAAAGGUGAUGUGAAGUCUACCAUUAGCAAUCUUCUGGCAUCGACACAGGAGCACAAAGCUGCAGCAACUAUCAGGUUAGAAGAAAGUGAAAAAGGAAAUGUGAACUUGUAUAAGACCUGCAUUGAGAAAGGAGAAUUAGAUUAUCUCAAGAGCUGUCAAGACCAGACCUCAGAGGAUACCAUUGACAGUAGGCCUAAAGAUCAAGUUGACAUUAUCCAAGGGGAUGUUGAGGGAGCAAAAAGACACUUUGGUCAAAUUAAGGAGUCCGUUGAAAGAACAGUUACUGACAUCGUCCCUGGAGAUGUAAGAAGUACCAAAAAGGUGUUCCUUUCCGAAAACUCAAUGGUCUCCAAUGUUGUCAACAAAGAAGAGAUCCUGCGAGGUGAUGUGUCUUCUGCUAAACAAUCCCUGAAUCAGGCAGUAAAACAACCACUAGUUAUCCAAAAAGAGGAAAUUGUUUCAGGAGAUAUUAAAGCAACCCUAAAAUCUCUAGAAGAGGCAAAAAAUCAAAGUCUGAAGCAAGAGAGGAAAACUAUUGUUCCCGGUACAAUUUAUGACAUCCAAUUGCCAACAGAGGAGAUUACAUUCACAGAAAGUGGCAAUGAAGAAACAUUAGGACAUUUUUCUGGAUGCACUGCUGAAGAAAAACACAGGGAAGAGAAAAUUAGUCAAGCAAGAUCAGCAAGUGAAGAGUCUGUUACCGCUGAUCAUGAGGCAUCAAUGCAAAGUCUUCAGCAAGAAACAGCCAAGCAACAAAUGCUUCACCACCAUAUUCAGGAGAAGCAGGAUGUGUUUUCUCAGUUUGCUGGCCAACAGCAGCAGAUGCAGCAGCAGAUACAAGUCAAGCAAGAAUCAAAAAAGGUUGAGAAAACUGUUAUGCAAAAGAAGAAAAUGACCUGUAUGACAACAGUAAAAGAAUCGGCUACUUUGUCUACAAGUCAGCAGAAGAAACUUUCCUCUACAACAACAGUAAAAGAAUCAGCUACUUCGUCUACAAGUCAGCAGAAGUUUCUUCCGACACAGCCAAAGGUCAGUAAAUCUGUGGAUUUACAGGGUGCAAGGCAGCAAACUGAUGCCUGCCAGGGAAAUGAAGUUUCAAAAAGUGCAGAUAUUAACCUUAAACCAGUUGCUUCAGCUACAGUGAACACUACUGUAAAUCCUUUUCUCAGCUCAGAUUAUGACUCGCAGACUGUGCAAGAGAAGUCAGAGAAAGAGCUUGUUGUUAAAGGAGAUGUAAAGGCUGCAAUUAAAUCUUUGCAUAAUGCUGCGGCAGAACAGAGGCCAUUAGAAAAGGAGGAGGUUGUUCGAGGGGAUUUACAAGCAGCUCUUCAGUCUCUUCAGAAGUCUAGUGUUAAUGUCUCUAAAGGGGAUUUUAAGGCUGCUAUGAUUUACAGAAAUGCAGGACAGUCACUUUCAGUUAGCAGAAAGAAAGGUGAUAAUGAAUCUGUGUGCAACCAAUCAUGUGCUGUUUCAUUGUCUUCAUCUGACACUGAGUUUCCUACUCCAGUUUCAGUGAUUGAUGGGGGAUUCCAGCCUUCUGCAGUCGUCACCCACCCCUGUGAGACAAAAACACGUAGUGAGAGGUCUGAUUGUCCUACUGCCUCUAAAGAAUCUGUUUUGGCCAACCCUCCAAAAUCUCCAGAGAAGGUCUCACCCCUCAAACCAGCUCUUCCACCGAAACCUGAGCAUUUGACUGCAGGAACUUCAGGACGAAAAGGACAGAAACCCAGCCUCCCACUAAAGCCAGACCACCUAAAAGAAAGGCAGCAAGGACCUACAGUCCUUUUGAAAGAUACACCCCAAAAACUUCCAAAAUCUGCUUCAUUUCAACAACUUCCAUCAAAGUCAUUGCCUUGUCGAGAGGUAAUUCAAGCUGAUGCUACAGAGUCACUGGAGAAGGAGUCCCACAAAGAAUUUUCAUGUCACAAUGAAGAGUCACACAGAGAGGGACAAAUUGGUUCCAAGCAAGUCUGUAAUAAGGCAAGUAGAACUUCAAAUCCGGUGGCUGAAAAAAAGAAUGAAGUCGAGAGUAAAAUCCAAAACAAGGAGCAAUCAGCAGAAGUGAAACUUUACACUUCAGGAUUGUCCUCAGAGAGCCAUAAUGAGAAAAGCAAUGUUAAAAGUCUGCCUCAGACAAUAAUUGCUACCAAAGACUUGCAAUGUUCAAUGCAGUCUGAUUCAAAGGAAGGUGUUACCAGCAUGAAUACCCACCAAGACUUUCAGGCAAGCCUUCAUAAAUUUGGAGGUCGGAGGACAGGAUAUGUUAAUGUGACUUCGGGAUCUGAAAUGGUGAAAGAUGAUGUGGCUCCUAUUGUGGUGUCACCAAAAAAAGUCAGAAUUUCUCAAGGUGACAGUACGGAAAACACUUACAAAUCAGUAGAUGAAGAGUUAAGGAUGCAAAAGGAGGAGACCAUUAUUGACAGCACAAGUAGCACAUCUUCAGAACAACUUGCCAAAAAUGUCAGGCCAGAUGGAAAUGCUGCAAGUGAGCAAAAACAGUUGCAAUGCCCACCCGAAAGGCCAAGUAAACAGCAAGAAAACAAAGUUAUCCUCAGAGAAAAGAAGCGUAAAAAUGAGACCGAAGAUGAACGGCGUCAAAGACUGUCAGUUCAUAAAGAAGAAAUUAUGAGAGGAAAUGUUAAGGCAGCAAUGGAAAUUUUUGAAAACUUGAGAAAGAAAGAAGAGCUCCAGAUUAUCCUGUCCAAAGUUGAAGAGUUAGAAGGAGAGACUCUGAAAGUAGAUGUACGGUCGAUGCGGAAGUUUUUUGAAAACGUUCCUAAAUGGAUUGUGACUCCAUCUAGUCAAGUAAACCAGAGUAAACUGAAAGAGGCACAGAAAGUGAAAGUGACAGGAUCAGUGAAGGAUGAUACAGAAAGCACUUCUCCAGUUGGGGUGGUGUUUGAAGAUCUUGAAAGGGCAAGCGCAGAAAUUGUUCGCUUGAAAGAGCAGACUUUGGCAAAGCUGAUGGAUAUAGAGGAAGCCAUUAAGAAAGCUUUGUUUUCUGUUUCAAGUUUGAAAUCGGAGGCUGAUAUAGCAGGCCUAUCAGGGUUGUUCAGAGAAUCUUUGUCUACUGAUGAGCCUAUAGCCAACACCAAUAGCAUCAGGAAAAUUAGUAUAGUUUCCAGUAGGUCCAAAAGUGACGAUGUAAAGCCUGUUUUUGAAAGUAACAGCCCAUUACUUCCACAGGCAGAUGGAGAGCAGAAACCGAGCUUAGAAAUUCCAGUCACAAAACCACGGGCAAGCAGUCCCUCUUCUCCUUCUUUUAUUUCUAUUCAGUCUGCCGCAAGAAAAACUUCAGACCCUCUGACACCUAAGAACUCUGAAAAGCACAUUGUUAAUGAGGUAUCGUCAAGUGACUCCACAGCUUUCACACCCCAAGAAUCAAAGCCUAAAAACACAGCAGAGAGCUCAAGCUUACGUGGUCCCAAUAACGAAUCCAUCAGAAAUGUAUCAUCAGUUUCGGUAGACAGUGUGUGUAGUCCGUUAAAUCCAAGAAGACAAAAAAGUGUGAUUGCAUUCCAAACCAUUCCAGAAGUACCAGGCAUAGUAGGGACAAAGACUGUUACAGAAAAAUAUGAAGAAAUGGAUUGCUUUGGAAACAGAAUUAUAACAUCCAAAACAUCGACUACAGUCACUAAGCAGUCUGAAACAAAAACAUCCUCGACGUACGAGGUGGUUGCCAGUCCAACACGAUAUGAGGUCAUGGCAUCCCCUGUCCUUAGAAGGCAUGCCCAUUCCCUAGCAGAAAAUAACCAGUGCAAUGGCAAAGUCAAAGAAGGUGGAGUUGUCAUUGUCACAUUUGGAAGCCCCAAACUAGGAAAAAAAUAGUAAUGGCUGGUUGACAGCUCUGUCUGACCCCUGCGUUACUCGAUAUAGCCGUGUUUUUAAGCAUAGUUCCAUGUGUCUUGUAUUUAAGUGUUAUAGACUAAUUGUAGAUGUUUUCAAUAUUUUUUAACUUUUUGUAAUAAUGUAUUAUGUAUCCUGUAAACAUAUAUUUAUAGAUUUACCUAAACAUGGUGUACUUUUUGCAAAUUAUUAAGCACAUUUUCUCUUCAUUCAUUUUUGUAAA